AUGUUGGAUAAUAAUCGAUUCAUUGUUAAACCAGGAUGUAAAAGUAAUUUACGAUACUUUAUUCAAUUACUCAAUUUAAAAAAUCAAGAACACUUGAAAACAAUUGAACUUCGAAUGAAAUCAAAGUAUACAUUAAAUGAUGUUGUUAAUAGUAAUACAUCUAUAUCACAAUCAUCAGCACAGGUUUUUCCUGUUUUUUCACCAAUAUCACAAAAUAAAACAGCAACAAUAAUAACGUGUAAAUUAACACGAUCUAUGUCUGGUACUUUCUCAUCAAAUGUAAAUUUUAUGGCCGCUCAAUUUCUACGACGUGUUGGUAAACUUUCAAUUCUGCAAGAUAUUGAAAGAAACCAUGAGCAUGAUGAAUCUAGACGUUCUUUAGAAUUACCAAAACAUCAUAAACGACGUCACAAAAAAGCUGCAUCACUAUAUAAUCAUUCACAAGGUUUUACUGAUAAUUUAAUAUAA